UAUUAUUAUUAUUAUUGUUAGGAGAUUAUUUAUUUAAUAUGGAGUAAAAAGUAAAAUGGCUGCGGUGUUGGGGCACGACGCUAGUGUUUGCGGUGACAAUUCAAUUUUAACAUUUUUGAUAGUAGGAGCUGCGCAGUUGUGUGAAAAAAUCGCAAAUUCCGUGCAUCAGUCGGCGCGAAAACAAAAUAAACGAGCAAUAGUUCACCAGUGCGAGGUUAUCACUCAAGUUUUAAAGGAUCAAUUGUUGUUAAUUACUGAUUUUAUUAUUUUGAUAAUUAACGGAGAGACCAGCCACAGCGUACUCGAGUUUUCAGGCCGAGGAAAAUUUAAAUAACAUUGACAAAAAUUUUCUUACCACCGGGGCUGUGUUUUUUGUUUACUGUAACGGUCCGACUUCUUACACCAAUGUAACUCACCGGAAUACUAGAGUGCUUGCUGAUAAAUUUUUGAUACGAAGAAUUUUAAACGUCAACAUCUACG